AUGGGAAAGAUCAUCUUUUACGAGGACAGGAACUUCCAGGGGCGACACUAUGAGUGCAGUAGUGACUGUGCCGACCUGUCCCCUUACUUCAGCCGCUGUAACUCCAUCCGUGUUGAGAGUGACUGGUGGGUGCUGUAUGAGAGACCCAAUUACAUGGGAUACCAGUAUGUUCUGACCAGGGGAGAGUAUCCUGACUACCAGCGUUGGAUGGGAUUCAAUGACUGUGUCAGGUCAUGUCGCUCUUACCCAUAUUACCGAGGAGGCUCCUACAGAAUGAGGAUUUACGAGAGGCCUGACUUUGGAGGACAGAUGAUGGAAUUCAUGGAUGACUGUCCAUCUGUCUACGAUCGUUUCCGUUACCGUGACAUCCACUCCUGCCAUGUGAUGGACGGUUACUGGAUCUUCUAUGAACAUCCCAACUACAGAGGGCGACAAUACUUCAUGAGACCCGGUGAAUACAGGAGAUACAGUGACUGGAGAGGCUACAGCUCAACUAUCGGAUCUUUCAGGCGAAUGAGUCGAGUAAUCUUUUUGUUCAAUCUACACUGCACUUCCUCCAAAUUCAAUAUACCUUUGCAUGGCAUAAUGCCUAGAAUUAGUUCUAGUAUCAUCUUUUACGAGGACAGGAACUUCCAGGGACGGCACUAUGAGUGCAGCAGUGACUGUGCUGACCUAUCCCCUUACUUCAGCCGCUGUAACUCCAUCCGUGUUGAGAGUGACUGGUGGGUGCUGUAUGAGAAACCCAAUUACAUGGGAUACCAGUAUGUUCUGACCAGGGGAGAGUAUCCUGACUACCAGCGCUGGAUGGGAUUCAAUGACUGUGUCAGGUCAUGUCGCUCCUACCCACAGUACCGAGGAGGCACCUACAGAAUUAAGAUUUACGAGAGGCCUGACUUUGGAGGGCAGAUGAUGGAAUUCAUGGAUGACUGUCCAUCUGUCUAUGAUCGUUUCCGUUACCGUGACAUCCACUCCUGCCAUGUGAUGGACGGUUACUGGAUCUUCUAUGAACAUCCCCACUACAGAGGGCGACAGUACUUCAUGAGACCCGGUGAAUACAGGAGAUACAGUGACUGGGGAGGCUACAGCUCAACUAUCGGAUCUUUCAGGCGCAUGAGGGAUUUCUAG